UAUCUUACCCAAGAAAUUGUAAAAGUACCUUUACAUUAUACUUUAUUUCUUGAUUAACUUUAUUCGUGUAUAACUUAUACUUGGCUUGUGUAAGAGCUUGCUGGGAAAGAAUUGAUAUAUUUUUGGGAAAUAAAGAAUGAUUCGUGUAGACUGAGGUCUAUCCGUGAUUUUAAUUAUGAAUAAAGAAAACAGUAGAUCUGCAGCUGGCCUGCGACGUUCUGCAGUAGCUGAAAGAUUAAAAUUGAGAGAGGAGUGGUCAGCUCUUAAAGGAACUGACAAAGAUUCAAAUAUUAUAACAAAACAUACAAAUAUAUUGAAGAAGAAGCAAGAUAAUAUCAAUGUAGCAAAGGAUAUGUAUUUGGCCAAUACAGUUGGUGCCAAUAUUGGUGCUGUGAAUCGUAGACUGACACGUGGUACAACUAAUACCAGUUGUGAGGCUCUGCGAGGUGUGGUCGCGCUGGUGGAUGUGGGGUCGGGAAACCGGGCGCUGGCGCUGCGGGCAGCGCUCAGCGCGCUCGGCGCCACCGUCGUACCCACCUGGAGUCACCUCGUUACACACUUAGUGUGGUCACAUGAAGGUAGUCGCAGCGUGCGUGCGCGUGCGCGUGCGCUGGCGUGUCGCGUGGUGUCACCGCUGUGGGUGGAGGCGUGUGCUGCGAGCGGCCGACGUCUGCCAGAAGACACAUUCCCUGCGCCCUCGCGACCCUCAGACCUGCCAUCACCUAAGACUUUGAGGAUCAUGCUGAAAAAAGCUGAAAUGGAGAAUAUAAGUUUAGCGGCGUUGCUAUCUGAUAGUACAGAAGAUGAUGACUCCAAGAAGCUGACACUGCGCAUGUCCAGUGAAUCUGACACCUCUAACACGUCAGCCAACACGUCAGCUGACACGUCAGCUAACACGUCACAUGAUAAAACUGACAUAGAGGCGAGAGUGAACACAGCGCCGCGACGACCUCCAACAUCUGUAAAACAAUCACAACCACAAAAGAAGUCUAAAAGAAAGUUAUUCACUCAAAAAGAACCAGAUUUAACAAAGGGUAGUGACAAUGAAUCAGAGGUGGAACGUACACAAGUUCGAUCAAAGCAGUUAACAUAUGAAGAGAAACGUGAACUAGUUCGCGCAGGGAGAUUGGCGCGCAAGUUGCUGCGUGCGCGCAACGACACGACCGCGCCGCGUGCGCACGCGCAUCACACUGACACACACACGUAUAGAGUGGUAUUAACAGGUAUGUCUAGAUCAGAACGUCAAGCAGCUCACAACGCAAUUCGUACACUAAACGGUCGUAUACAGAAACAAGUUAAUAAAACAACCACACAUGUUCUAUUAGGUUCAUGUAAACAAGACUCCAUACAAAAUGAUAACUUAAAUACAACGAAUAUGACAAAUAAUGAAAAACAAAAUAAAAAAAAUAUUAAUUACAAUCAAAUAGCGUCAAAAACUAAUAUAUCUGGAAUUAAAAAUAUACCAAAUGAUAUGACUACACUUGACAAUAUGUCAGAAUUUGACAGUUCGCAACAAAUUGACAAUGUCAACAAUAUGGCGGUAGUUGACAAUGUGACGAACGUUGAUAAUACAACAAGAUUUGGUAUUAUUGGAGUUAGAAAUGAUAAAUUAAGGACGGUAAAUGCUUUGUUGGGUGCUGCUAGAGGUUGUAGAGUUUUGUACGCAAAAUGGGCGCUGGAUUCAUUGGAGGCAAAGCAAUGGCUACAUCACUAUGUUUAUGAAGUACCUCAUUUAAGGAAAAUAGCUAUGAAAGCGCGUGUCGAAAGGCAGGCUUUAGGCAGAAUGCGCUCCGAAUAUGCGUAUGACGUAUUUAACGGUAUGCGGGUGCGGAUUUCGCCCAAUGCCGACCAGAGAGACGCGAUUGUGCAACUCCUGUCACUAUGUGGCGCUGUUGUGCAAAAUGGCGGCGACGCACAAAAUGGCGGGAACACACAGGAUGUUCGUGAUUAUGAUAUCAUUAUAGGAGUUGAAGAGAACGAAGUUAGCUCCAAAUGGGUAUUCGACAGUGUCGCUGCGGCAAGAAUGAGAACUACAAGAAGGUAUAUCAAUAAAGUGAUUCCAGAAAGUUCUGAAUCUUUUAUUCAGUAAUAUUCUCGACGACUUUUAGAUUUUUUU